UCAAAAUAUCUGCAACUGGUGGAGAAUGGACAGAAACAGGAAACCUGUGUUGUAGAAUACGAAAGCGAAAGUACAAACACAAGUGUGGGUCAGAAACGUGGUUACAAUUCCAAACGGGCUGAAGAGACUGAACCGUUGAAAUAAGGUGAAGUCCAUUUCUUCUUCAAAGUAAUCGCCAUGUUCGAUUUUGAAGGAAGUAACUGGGAUGUAGAUACAACUGCUGAGAAGCUGAACACAUCUCUCUUUGGCUCAGCAAAGAAGAGGAAAUUGCAAAAAGCCAAAGCUCUCUCUCAACAAAAUGGCCAGCAAGCAGCAUCAGCCGUCAUUCCUGACAGUGAUGAUGAAACAUUUACUAAAAAGGGCAAACGAAAACUAAAGGAAAGAAACAGAAAGCUGAAAAAGCCGCAGAAAGAGUUGAAUGAUGAAGAUGGCUCCGGCUCCGUAGACAUGGAUGAAGUUCUCGAGGCCGGGGAUAUGGCUCAUGGUAAACAGAAAAACAAGAAAGUCCAAUCUGAAGUGUCAGGUGUGGUGAAGACUGGUAAAAAGAAAAAAGGGAAAAAAGAAAGUAGUAGUGAUCUGAAUGCUGGUACUGUUGCGAAGAAAGUCAAAGCAACUACCAAUGAUCAAGACGGAGUAUCAGUCCAGAAGAAGGGAAAGAAAAGAAAAUUGACGGACACAGAAAAGAUUGAAGAGAAGCAAGUGACGAAGAAACAGAAACAAGCUGAGAAAGUUGAUGGAACUGGAGAUGGAAGUGUCUCUGCUAACACUGCGGAGAAACCAAAGAGGAAAAGAAAUCGGAAGAAGAAGAAUAAUAGUAAAAAGAAUAAGUAUCUGCACUUAGCACUGAACAAGAAGGAGAAGUCUGCCGAAAAUAGCAGCACACAGGAUCACAGCCAGGAUGACAGCAAGCCCAGUGUAGAGGCAAUAACUUCACCUUCUGAUUCCAGUAAAGGGACUGAUUUGACUCAAGAAAAGGUCAUGAUUCCAAAGGAGAAGAAAAAGAAAAACCUGAAGAAUAAACCCAAUUUGCAAACAGAAAAUAUCACAGUGAAUUCCAAACAGACACCACCAAUGAAUGAAAAGAAAAAGAAAAACCCUCAGCAAAAACAAAGUUUGCCAAACGUGAAUAAACAAAGUUUGCCAAACGUGAAUAAAUUGCCGAAUGAGAAUAUGCAAAAUUUGCCGAAAGAGAAGAAACAAAGUUUGCCAAAAGAGAAUGGUAAAGAAAAAGGGCAAACAAUGUCAAAGAAGAUGAGUAAAAAGCUAAAAUCCCAGCCAACUGUGGCGCCUGAAACUCCGCAGAAUCAGAAUUUGCAGAAAGACACUGAGAAAGAUUUAAGUCCUCAGAAGAGUAAAGCUCCUGACAAAAGAGUCAAGUAUAAAACCAAUAUUCUUACGAAAAUGCUGAAUGACUCUUCAAUUUUCAGUAGUCCCUCAGCAGAACUGACUCCAUCUCCGAAAAGGAAAGACCUUUCUGAAUUUGCAGAAGACGAAGAUAUUUCUACAGCAUCACAAUUGGGAAAGAAGAAGAAAAGGAAAAAUGGGUCCUCUAUGAUUGAAACAGUUCCUAGAAAUUUAGAGAAUGAAAGUGAGUCUAAGUCUUUGUCUAAGACUCCUGUGUUGCCCAACGCCUCCAUCUGGGGCAAAGCUGCAGCUCUGACCCAGCAAGCCAGAGACACGUUAGACUCGGCUCGAUUCCGCUACAUCAACGAGCAGCUGUACUCGUGUAAAGGCGUGGAGGCUCUGCAGAUGUUCAGGUCGGACAGAGACGCCUUCAACGUGUACCACGGCGGCUACAGGAAUCAGGUGUCCAAGUGGGAGGUCAACCCUCUGACUGUCAUCAUUAAGCAGCUCAACAACAAGUCAGAUGCACUAGUAGUAGCAGAUUUUGGCUGUGGAGAAGCAAAGCUGGCCGAAAGUGUUCCCCAGAAGGUGCACUCGUUUGACCUUGUGGCUUUGAACAAGAGGGUCACAGCCUGUGACAUGUCCCAUACCCCGUUGCAGAGCGAGACAGUGGAUGUUGCGGUGUUCUGUCUGUCGCUGAUGGGGACCAACCUAAACGAUUAUCUCCGGGAGGCGAACCGAGUGCUCAAGACAGGAGGCAUCCUGAAGCUUGCUGAGGUGACAAGUCGAUUCAGUGGACUCAGCCAGUUCAUUAAUGGUGUGACCAGUCAAGGGUUUCUACUGCUGAACAAGAGGGACCUAACCCAGAUGUUUUAUCUGAUGGACUUCAAGAAAGUGAAGACAGUGAAGAAGUCCCCUCCUGGUGCCGAGCUCAAACUCAAGCCAUGCAUUUACAAGCGGAGAUGAUGAGUUUGGUCCAGUUGGGGCUGUGGGUGGGGGGUCAUGGACGAUCAGUUUGCUUGCAGUGUAUGCAAGUCCAAGGUAGUCAUUGUCAUUUUUUCAAGAAUACUUGUAUUGUCUUCUGGGAAUAGGUGCAAGUUUUGGGGGGGGGGGGGGG